AGUCCUUCCGAACGACAAUCAUCCAAUUUGUAUAGGGAAGUAGAACAUGACAUUUUCAACGAAACGGACAACGAGAAGGGCGAUGUAUGGUAUUCACAUAAGAUUAUAAGCGAGAUGGGUCUCCUCAUUGCCUUAAUUGUGACAUCAGAAGUAUAUAUUGUUGAUUAUAACGAAGAUCGAAGUGUUUACGCUACGCCUUGUUCAAAUAGCCCAAUGGAUGAUAAUCCGGAAGGUGAACCAAGACCAAAGAGACGGGCACUCGCUAAGACUGAUGAUAAGUCAUGUACGUCAUCCGGAACUAAUGAUGAUAGUCGGUAUCAUAAAUACAGUAAAGACAUUUUGUACACGAGCGAUGAAUUCGAUGAGCAUGAUGAAUCCGACGAAAGUGAUGACGAGUGUGAAACCUUCAAGAGAUAG